ACAAGCAUUUCUCAGAGCUUUCAGCAGCGUCGCUUUCAUCUCCCGUCACCCAGGGUUUCCAGACUUGCAAUCGAUCCCAAGGGUGACGAGUAUGUCUAAGAAGAUAGUGAUCAGAGCUGAUCUCAUCGGCAGCAGCUGCAAGAUGGCCAUCUUGUCGACCGUCGCCAAGCUAGAAGGAAUCAAGUCCAUGGACAUCGACGCCGAGAACUGCACGCUGACGGUGGUCGGGACUGUGGACCCGGUGGCCAUCGUGCUAGAGCUCAAGAAGGCGUGCCUGGCGGCGGUGAUCAUCGGCGUCGAGGACGACAAGCCGAAGGAGCCCGAGACGAAGCCGGAGGAGGAGGACGACGACGAUCCCUGCCACUGCGUCGAGGCCUGCGACUGCAAGAAGGGGUGCGUGCCUGGAUGCAACUGCUCGGCAUGCGUGCUCCCGAACUGCUGCUACUACGGAACAUUCAGGCAUGCGCCGUAUGGUUAUGGCUGGUACUGGUAGCCUUGUGCGGCCAUGAGAGGAGUGGCCUGCCACCUUUCUUCAGUUGUUUGUGUCUGUUCUACCAAGAAAACUUUGGAGUUCUGAUUCUACGUAUGUGUGAUUAUAUUUGAUCAAACACCAGUUCCAUUAUAUUUCUUCUUGUGUCGAUCGCGUGAUUCGUUGUAGUAUGAAAAAACAUGUGAACGUUUGAGCUACUCCUACUAAGAUGAAAAGGCA